AUGUCUCAAGGCAGCAGUUUGGUAAACAUUGCGGAUCGAACUCAGCAGCCAUACAGUGGCCAACCUGUGCAUUUAAGGAAUUUUAGGCCUGUGGUAACUGUUCCGCAAUUAGAAGUCACUGCCGUAUCGUCCCCACCAUCCAGCCUUGUUCCUCCAGCUGUGCCAUUGAAUCCUCUUCGGCCUAAUAUACCGGAACGAACGUGGGCAUGUAACACAUCUAAAAAUGCCGCAUAUAAGAUCCAAAAGGUAAAAUUUCAAGGGAGAGUUUUACAUUGCAUAAACGCUAAACCAUACAUCUAUUCGGAUUUGAUGGUGACAUUACACGAUUUCGUAAAGACGGUGUUGCCGAUGUGUAGUGUCAAGAAAUGCGCUUCAGUCUUAAACACAUACUUGAAAACAGAACUAUUCUAUGGAAAUUCUGAGCAGUUUACCGUGUUGCGGGAAAAUGGACUACUCAGGGCGAUGUAUCCGGAUGAAACACAAAUGGCCAGCCUAAAAGAUGUCAGGCAAGCUUGGCCGCAAUUAAAAGAAUUGGUACUCAAGAAUGAUGAAGAAAUACAACGAUACCAAUCUGCUGCAGCUGCUGCGGGUGGUCCGGCUAAAAGACAACGCACUAGCUAG